GACUCAGCGGUAUCUUUCAAAUGACUGUAAAAUCUUUCCUGUUCCAUUUUCUUCGGCUACCGCAAGGUGUUUUGCCAUGUUUCAUCCAUCCUUCGUUUCAGUUGUAUUCGUGAUCAUUCUCAAUUCAAUUCCAUCAAAGCCUCCAUCACAAUUCAAUUCAAACCUGCCAAAACACAUUCAAAUACCACCAAAAUACCAUUGCAACCAUGGCACCUCUAGUACCGGUAGUAGCAACAACAGCACCCCAUCGACUUCAAGUCUGCCGCGUGGCUCCUCGUCCGCUCCAAAAGGACCAUCCAUGGCAGCCAUCCUUGGCAACUCCCACGACUCGCGAGCAACUGGAAACAAUGCGUCAACUGGAAUCCUCCACGUAUCUGGCCGAGCAUUAUUUUUGUUACGAGCAGUCAUGCAUGACGGUAUCGCGUUGUUAUACCGUGGAAUAUCUCUACCAAGUGGUUGACUAUGGUGGUUUCCAACGAGAUGUGGUGACCUAUGCCAUGACGCACUUGUUGGAUCGUUAUCUGAGUACUCGUUCCGACAUUUCCUCGCUGUUAACGGAACAAAAUCCCUAUCAACUCAUCUCCUUGACAUGUCUGUACAUGGCCGUCAAAUUGCUGGAACCCAACAAUAUCGGUAUCGAGUCUCUCGUGGCGUUGACCAAUCAUGUCUACUCGGUACAAGAUUUCCAAGACAUGGAAUCCAACAUUCUAGACGCCCUCGACUGGCGCGUGGCCCACGGUCCCACGCCCUUGGCGUUUGUCCAGCACUUGCUGCAACUCUUGCCCGACCACCAAAAGUUGGCGUCGGCACUGUAUCCACACGUCCAAUACCAAUUGGAAUUGGCCGUGUCCGACUACAAGCUCUCGUGCUUUCACAGCGACAAUCAUCGACCCAGUCAGCUCGCCGUGGCGGCCAUUUGGAAUGCAUUGGAGGCCAUUGAUGUCAGUGUCUUUUCCACACACGAAAAGCAACGAUAUCAAACCCAAGUGGAACGGGCAUUGGGGAGACGAAUGGACCCGGAACUAUUGACUCAAUUGCAAUCUACUUUGCGGGAACUCAUGUUGGCGGCUUAUGCGUGGUGUACAUCCUCCUCUCCUACCUCCUCACCAUCAUCAUCAUCUACAUGCAAUGUGGAGAGCACCCACAAGACCACUACAACACCAGAUAGUCCAUCCAACCAGAACAACAACAAGAAUAUUACCAACCAGGCGACGGAUAGUGGGAACAACCAGGGAGAAACCGAUACGAAAGCGGAACAACGGGAUGAUACUGCUCCUUGUACGCCUCCUCGCGAAAUCAAAACCAAGGUCAAUCGAUCUAGCAUUACCAGUGCGAUUAGUGUCCACAAGGAGCAGCAGCAAGAAGAAGAAGAGCAGAAUGAACUUGAGAAGAAAUCGGGGCAAAAGACAGAACAUGCGUCAUCACCCAGUCAUGACAGCAUCAACGAUGUUUCCGAAGUCGAGUGGUUCCUCUACGCCUCAGGAUCUUAG